AUGUGUACUGCCAGCGACCCGGGGUACUUCCACCUUGCAUCUUUGGAGAAUUCUAUCGACGAAUCAGCCUUACGAUCACAGAUAGACAGUAACAUUCCGACAUUUGGAAAAGUAUCUGGAGUGGAUCUCUAUGACGCUUCGAACUAUACAAAGACACUCCCUGAUGGAGCGCCGUGCACUGCAAGGAUCUUUGCUCUUUCUGCAGAACGCAUCCGAGCGAUGCGGGGUGAAUUAAGAAAGCACGUCAAGACAGUCACGCCUAUGACCCAAUGCAAUGUCCUCGCUGCUUUGGUGUGGAUCCACGUUACUCGUGCACGACAUCAACGCCUGAUUCAGCAUGGUCAUACAAAUACGAGCAUUGGCAUCGCAGUCAAUUUGCGCGAGCGAGUGAAACCUCAGCUACCGCCGUCGUAUAUGGGAAACAUGGCUCUUAUGACCAGGGCGACAGCCUCCAUUGCUAGGUUCAAUACCGAAUCAUGUGUGACCAGCGCAACUAUCGCCCCCGCCAUUCAAGCAAUCAAUGGCGCAAUCUCGAACGCAACGAACGCUUGGGCUCAGCGUCAUUUUGCAUACUUCCAGUCUAUCGAUCGGAUUAUCGACACUGAAAUCUCGCUCCAAUUCAAUCGCGGCCCUGACUUGUACAUAACCUCGUGGAUGCACUUCGGUGCUGAGUGUGAGUGGGAUAUCCCGGGUACAACGUCCAAAUCGCCUGAGUAUAUUCGCCGGACAUACAGCCCAAGCGACGGCGGUAUAAUCAUCAUGCCAAGGCGCAGAGAAACCGGCCCAUGCGGUAAGGAGGCCCAAUAUGAGGUGCUCAUAAGACUUGCUGGUGAAGAUAUGGAGAGGCUCAUGACUGAGGAAGGGGGACUUGUUUCUUGGUCAGAUAGGAUUGUUGGAUAAUUCACGCACCUAUACGUGCGGAUCCUACACUUGAGUAGUCCUCUUGCUAUAUGAGAAAAACUUUGAUUCAUCAUUCCAGCACCUGCAUCUCUUUUUUUAUAAGAUACUAUACAUGAGCGGUCAUAUUAGCCUGUACACUGCCUGGUUUGGGGGAAACACAUGUUUGCAACUGCACAAGGGCAGCUCCUGUGAGCGGCCUCUCAUCUGUUUGCGCUGAUAUGUAAUGUAUGUUAGCGCUGCGUUCACCUGUUUGGCAUCGUA